GACGUCGAGCGCGUGUGCCAGAGAGACCGUUCAGUGUGGCUUAGACUUCCAGCCGGACGGAGUCUGGCUCGUUCCCGGCGAGCGACACGAAAAGAUGCAAGAUAAAGUUAUGCGAAAUCCACAAUUUGCUACUAUUUGUACAUAACAGAAAUAAUUGCCGGAAUAUCGAAGGAUUAUCUUAGAAAAACGAGCAAAAAAAGGGACAUUUGAAUUUGUGAUUAAAACUAUCAUGCCGUAGAACGUGUAUUCCGAGAAACUGGAAGCUGUGUGUUCUAGUGAUAACUGUAGAAGACAUUAUACGUUAUCGCAAUCACACGAAGACCAUUUGGAAUUCGAACUCGAGCGAAGACAGCAGAAGGGAAAAAUAGUUUUAAAACGCAAGCGUCAUAAAAUAUUUAAACCGGCCUGAACAUUUUCACUAAAGAAAUAAUUCAUUUCAUGAAGAUAAAGUGUAGAAGUCUGUAUUUUAGUGUUUUAUAUAUAUGCCAUUCGAAUAAAGAUAACGACAGAGUGAUAAUAUCGUGAACUUAAAAGAAAACAACUGGCAAAAUGCAUUCCAUACGUGCUCAUCGGGUGUUAAACAAGCGCAAAACUGUGUUACAAGUAUGGAAGAUCGCCGGGAGAUGCUUCGGCACAGAUGUAGAAUACAGACCAAUCAGAAGUGUCCUCGUUGCCAAUCGAGGAGAAAUCGCUAUUCGUGUGUUUCGUGCUUGUACGGAACUCGGCAUUCGCUCCGUAGCAAUAUAUUCAGAGCAAGAUAAGAUGCAGAUGCACCGUCAGAAAGCAGACGAAGGUUAUUUAGUAGGCAAAGGAUUACCACCCGUUCAGGCUUACCUGAAUAUUUCUGAAAUUAUCCAAGUAGCUAAGGAGAAUAAUGUCGACGCCAUACAUCCUGGUUAUGGAUUCCUUUCCGAGAGAGCAGACUUUGCUCAAGCGGUCACUAAUGCAGGCAUCAGGUUCAUCGGGCCUAGUCCUAAAGUUGUCCAACAAAUGGGAGAUAAAGUGGCUGCCAGACAAGCGGCAAUUGAAGCUGGAGUGCCCAUCGUUCCGGGAACAGACGGACCGGUAACAACUUCUGACGAAGCACUGGAAUUCUGUAUGAAGCACGGCCUUCCAGUUAUCUUCAAAGCAGCGUACGGAGGUGGAGGACGAGGUAUGAGAGUUGUAAGACAGAUGGAGGAGGUCCGUGAGAUGUUCGAUCGUGCGUCUUCCGAAGCGGCGGCUGCUUUUGGAAAUGGCGCGAUGUUCAUCGAGAAAUUCAUUGAGAGACCACGUCAUAUUGAAGUUCAAUUACUUGGGGAUCACGCUGGCAAUGUCGUGCAUUUAUUUGAACGCGACUGUUCUGUGCAGCGUCGUCACCAAAAGGUUGUCGAGAUUGCGCCAGCUCCAGCAUUAUCGUCCAAAAUUCGCGAGAAAAUGACUGAAUACGCCGUUAAAUUGGCAAGACACGUUGGUUAUUCGAACGCCGGUACUGUGGAAUUCUUGGUCGAUGAAUCUGGAAAUUUCUACUUUAUCGAAGUCAAUGCCAGAUUACAAGUUGAGCACACAGUAACCGAGGAAAUAACAGGAAUCGAUCUCGUGCAAUCCCAAAUUCGAAUCGCCGAGGGCAUGACAUUACCGGAGCUCGGUAUGACGCAAGAGAAAAUUAUACCUCAAGGAUUCGCGAUUCAGUGCCGAGUGACUACGGAAGAUCCAGCCAAGAGUUUCCAACCGGAUACCGGAAGAAUCGAAGUCUUCCGUUCCGGCGAAGGCAUGGGCAUCCGAUUGGAUGGAGCCUCCGCGUUCGCCGGUGCUAUUAUCUCGCCGUAUUACGAUUCGCUUCUUGUCAAGGUAAUCGCCCACGCCGGCGAUCUUCAGUCGUCCUGCGCCAAGAUGAAUCGAGCCCUUCGCGAAUUCCGCGUGCGCGGAGUAAAAACAAAUAUACCUUUUCUACUGAAUGUUCUGGAAAAUCAAAAGUUCCUCAACGGUAUCGUCGACACGUACUUCAUCGACGAGAAUCCUCAGCUCUUUCAGUUACAACCGAGCCAAAACCGAGCACAGAAACUGCUCAAUUACAUUGGUACCGUCCUGGUAAACGGUCCCAGCACGCCAUUGGCUACUCAGCUGAAGCCCGCGGACAUCAAACCGCACAUUCCGCAGAUUGCUCUAGACUUUGCUAAGCUUGCAGCUGCAGAAGAGACCAAUGAUCCCGACGUACCAGAACUUCUGGAUCCUCCGAAAGGAUUCCGACACAUUUAUAAGGAGCAAGGUCCGGAAGCUUUCGCCAAAGCUAUUAGACAGCACAAGGGUCUUCUUUUGAUGGACACUACAUUCCGUGAUGCCCAUCAGUCCCUGCUGGCGACUCGUGUACGAUCGCACGAUUUACUAAUGAUCUCCCCAUUCGUCGCUCACAAAUUCAGCAAUCUCUAUUCGCUGGAGAACUGGGGUGGUGCUACCUUCGACGUAGCUUUAAGGUUCCUCCAUGAGUGCCCUUGGGAACGCCUGGAAGAUAUGAGGAAGAUCAUCCCUAAUAUUCCAUUCCAAAUGUUGCUGAGAGGCGCUAACGCUGUCGGGUACACAAACUAUCCCGAUAACGUUGUCUUCAAGUUCUGCGAACUGGCUGUGAAAACCGGCAUGGAUAUCUUCAGAGUAUUUGACUCGCUUAAUUAUCUACCGAAUCUUAUUGUCGGUAUGGAAGCCGCUGGAAAUGCCGGGGGUAUCGUCGAAGCGGCGAUAUCUUACACGGGUGAUGUAAGCGAUCCGAAUCGUACCAAGUACAAUCUGAAGUAUUACACCGACUUGGCGAACGAGUUAGUCAAAGCGGGCACUCAUGUCCUAGCGAUCAAAGAUAUGGCUGGAUUACUCAAACCAAGAGCAGCCGAGAUGUUGAUCGACGCGAUCAGGCAGAAGCAUCCGGAUGUGCCUCUCCAUAUUCACACGCACGAUACUGCGGGGGCCGGAGUAGCCUCCAUGUUGGCCUGUGCGAAGAGCGGUGCCGACGUCGUGGACGUUGCUGUUGAUAGCAUGUCCGGCAUGACUAGCCAACCUUCUAUGGGCGCUGUUGUUGCUUCUCUUCAAGGAACGGAUAUUGACACAAAAUUGGAUCUACCUGAUAUCUCCGAGUAUUCCGCGUAUUGGGAGCAAACGAGAACGCUUUAUGCACCUUUCGAAUGCACGACAACGAUGAAAUCCGGAAACGCAGACGUCUACCUUAACGAAAUUCCCGGUGGCCAAUACACGAAUCUGCAAUUCCAAGCUUAUUCGCUUGGUCUGGGCGAAUUUUUCGAGGAUGUAAAGAAGGCGUAUCGGCAUGCCAAUCUCUUGCUCGGUGAUAUUAUCAAAGUUACGCCGAGCUCCAAGGUUGUCGGCGACUUGGCGCAAUUUAUGGUACAAAACAAACUGACUGCCGAUGAUGUUCUCAAGAGAGCUGAAGAAUUGUCGUUCCCUAAGUCAGUGGUCGAGUUUCUUCAGGGUGCCAUUGGUGAACCCCACGGAGGAUUUCCUGAACCUCUCAGGUCGAAGGUUCUCAAGGACAUGCCACGCGUGCAGGGUAGACCAGGCGCGAGUUUGGCAUCGCUCAACUUUGAUGCCCUGAAGAAGGAGCUGAAAGAAUCUCACCCACAUGUCACCGAAAAAGACGUCAUGUCGGCCGCACUUUAUCCUCAAGUAACGAAGGACUACUUGAACUUCAAGGAGCAGUUUGGCCCGGUAGAUAAAUUGGAGACCAGAAUCUUCCUCACUGGACCUAAAGUAGGCGAGGUAUUCGAUGUCACGAUCGAGAAGGGAAAAACUCUCGGCAUCAAAACUUUGGCGGUUGCCGAAGAUCUCACGAAAAAUGGCGAACGCGAGGUGUUUUUCGAGAUGAACGGUCAACUGAGAUCAGUAUUCAUCAAGGAUAAAGAGGCUGUCAAGGAAUUGCAUGUGCAUCCGAAAGCGACGAAAGGUGAUAGCAAUCAAUUGGGGGCGCCGAUGCCCGGCGAAGUGAUUGACAUCAGGGUAAAAGUGGGCGACACCGUGGAAAAAGGUGUGCCAUUAGUCGUGUUAUCCGCCAUGAAGAUGGAGAUGGUUGUGCAAGCGCCUAGAGCAGGAAAAAUCAAGAGCCUUAACAUCAACACGGGCAUGAGAAUAGAAGGAGACGAUCUCAUCCUGACAUUUGAAUAGGUUCUCACUUUGUGAUAGGACCGACCGACAUUAAAAAUCAAGUCAUAUAAAGGCAACACCAAAUAUUUAUUGUUAUUCGCAUCAAUAUUAGUGCGUGUGGAAGACAAGAUCUUCAGCAAUCUUUGUACGAAGCUUGGAUUGAGAAUUUUCCGUUUAAUAUAUUAGUUUAACAUUCUGCUUUAUCGAUGACCAUCGUCUUAUCGAGAAUCGUCGGUGACCACUGUUUAUAAUUCAAGAAUUUUUA